AUGCUAAGGACGGACUCCGUAUUCUUAGCAUAUAGAUCUAAUCUCUUAUCUUAUCGUUACGUAACUUAUACUAUAGUUCUUCUAUUUCUAAGUCGUUUAGCUAUUAUCCUUAUUUAUAAGUCGUAA